AUGACUACGGAACUCAAGCAAGCGGUGGAGAGGGUCGACGACCUUGCUGGCAACGAUGCCGUCGCUGAAAUCAAAGUCAUCCGUGGUUCGGAGGCUUUCAAUGAGGCCAAGCUCAAGGAGCCCGUCAAGAUGUGGACAUCCUCAAACAUGCAGCUCGUCGGAUGCCUCCUUCUCGGGUGCUUCUGCCAGACGAUGAACGGCUUCGACGGGUCCGUGUUCGGCGGACUUACAGCGAACAAACAAUUUUUGAAGUUCUUCAAUGGCACCAACGAUGGCACAUGGGCGGCUCUGAACUCUGCUAUGUACCAGAUCGGCAGUGUCUGCGCCUUGCCUUUCGUCGGACCAGCUAUCGACACCUGGGGCCGUAAGGUCGGCAUGCAGAUCGGCGCUUGGAUCAUCAUCAUCGGCACCAUUAUUAACGGAACGACUCUUCAAAGUGGCAGUCUUGGCCAACUCAAGGCAGGUCGCUUCCUGCUUGGGUUUGGUGUCAACAUCGUCAGUUCUGCAGGACCCAUCUAUGUCGUCGAGACUGCUCACCCAUCCUGGCGCGCUGUGGUCACAGCAUACUGCAACACCUUCUGGUUCACUGGUUCCAUCUUGGCCGCUGGCGCCAUUCGUGGCGGCCUCAACCUCUCAGGUAAUGCAUCGUGGCAGCUCCCUGUCUGGCUUCAGAUGUUUUUCCCUGCCUUGAUCGCGAUCUUCGCUUGGUUCAUCCCGGAGAGUCCCAGAUGGCUGUACGUCCACAACAAGCGUGAGAAGGCUGUUGCUACGCUCAGUAAGUGGCAUGGUGCUGGUAACACGGACUCUGUUUGGGUCCAGCUCCAGCUCGCGGAGUAUGAGGAACAUCUCGUCCUUAACGGCGCCGACAAGCGAGCUUGGGACUAUCGUGUCAUCUUCAACAAGCGCUCGAGCCGCUACCGCAUUCUUUGCAACAUUGUUUUUUCCAUCUUCGCCCAGUGGGCAGGUAACGGUGUGCUCACGUACUUCCUGCCGGCUGUGCUCGAUACUGCUGGUUACACCGAGUCCAUCACGCAAGCCAACAUCAACCUCGGAUACGCUAUCUUUCAGUUCGCCUUCGCCCUGUUCGGUGCCGCUUUCGUCGAGCGUGUGGGCCGACGCCCCAUGUUCCUCUUCAGCAUGUCGGCUUGUACCGUCGUCUGGGUCGGUAUGACCAUCGCCACAGCUCUGUUCAACGAGUCUGGAAAGACCAAUACUGCUGCAGCACAAGCCAGUAUCGCCAUGGUAUUCCUAUUCGGCGCUGUCUACUCGAUCGGUCUCACACCGCUGCAGGCUCUCUAUCCAGUGGAGGUAUUGUCCUAUGAGAUGCGUGCCAAAGGCAUGGCUUUCUCCGGUCUUGCCGUCGCUGUUGGUGGUCUCCUCAACCAGUUGGCCUGGCCAAUCUCGCUUGCCAAGAUCGGAUGGCACACCUACAUUGUCUUUAUCAUCUGGGACGCCGUUCAGACGGCCGUCUUCUACUUCCUGUUGCCAGAGACCAAGAAGCGCACUCUCGAGGAGCUCGAUCUUGUUUUCGAGGCUCCCAACCCGGUCAAGGCUUCACUUAUACCACAUAAAAUUGCCGUUGCUCAUGACGGUACUGUCUUGGCAGCAGAGAAGGCCGACUUCAUGACGGACACUCCGAACAGUGACCGCUCGCGGAGAGAGGCGGCCAUCGUCGACCGAGUCCUGCCCCAAGGAUAUUCAGCGGACUCCGAGGCUGUCAAUUACGGAACUACCAACGGCGAUACCUCAGCUCGAACAACUGGAUCGGAAGAAGCGAAGUCCUCUUUAACGCUACAAGGUGGCGAUGUCCAUCGGGAUAUCUUCAGGAUCAAAGCCCGGGCGAAUGCACCGAAGCGUUCUGCCACAUUCUCAGCAAAUACUGCGCGGAAACCGGACUUCGACGAUCAGUAUGCGGCCGAGGGCUCCCAUGAGCCGGGCGGUUUUCGAAGACAGUAUAUCCAGCGGCAAACUCUGCAGAGACGAUUAAGUACUGUCGCCACUCCGGUCACCAGGAAUUUCGUAUCUUUUCUCGAACUCUACGGCAGUUUCGCUGGAGAGGACUUGUUCGACGAGGAUGAUGAUGACGAUGAAUCCGCUAUCGAGGACGAGGAGGCUCCGAGGGAGGAGGUGCACGACGGACCUUCAGAACGAAGACCUUUACUAGGCCGACGCAAGACAACGAAGAAAUUCAGUCGCGAAGGUGACGCAAGUACGACUAAGACAUUCUUCACAUUGCUGAAGGCCUUUAUCGGUACGGGGAUCAUGUUCUUGCCCAAAGCUUUCCGAAACGGCGGCAUCCUCUUCUCAAGCAUAACUCUGGUCUCGGUCUCGCUUAUCACGACUCUAUGCUUUACACUACUGCUACAAUGCCGCUCCCGCUACGGCGGAGGAGGUUACGGAGAACUCGGUGGCCUAAUAGUAGGCCCUAAAUUGCGCUCCCUCAUCCUCGGCUCCAUCACCCUCUCCCAGCUCGGCUUCGUCUGCGCCGGCUUGAUCUUCACAGCCGAGAACCUCCUCGCUUUCGCCAACGCCGUGUCCUGGAGCACGAGAAGCGCCCAACCAUUCGGUGUAAAUUCGCUGAUAGCAAUCCAAUUCGUGAUCUUGGUCCCGAUGGCCUUGAUCCGCAAUAUCAGCAAACUCGGUCCCGCCGCCCUACUGGCCGAUGUCUUCAUCCUAAUAGGCCUAGUCUACAUCUGGUACUACGACAUCGCCACCCUGGCCGAACGUGGCAUCGCACCCAGCGUCACGCUCUUCAAUCCCUCCGCCUUCACCCUCACAAUCGGCUCCGCGAUCUUCACCUUUGAAGGCAUCGGCCUCAUCCUUCCUAUCCAAUCCAGCAUGAAGAAACCCGAACACUUCGCCGGCCUCUUAUACCUAGUCAUGGGCAUCAUAACGGUAAUCUUCACCUCCAUCGGAGCAAUGUGCUACGCCACUUUCGGAGAUGAGACGAAGAUCCAGAUUAUUUCCAAUUUCCCUCAGGACAGUAAACUGGUCAACGCGGUGCAAUUUAUCUACUCCCUCGCUGUCUUAGUCGGCGAACCGGUACAAUUGUACCCCGCUAUCCGAAUCAUCGAGACGUCGUUUUUCGGCGAGAAAGCCACGGGUAAACGCUCGGCGAGUACCAAGUGGAAGAAGAAUUUACUGCGUACGGUCAUGAUGCUCGCGUGCGGUGGGAUUGCGAUCCUCGGCGCCAGCGACCUGGACAAGUUCGUCGCGCUGAUUGGGAGCUUUGCCUGUGUGCCAUUGGUCUACAUCUACCCGCCCUUAUUGCACUAUCGUGGUUGCGCGAAGGGAUGGUAUAAAGUGUUGGAUAUUGCUUUGAUGUCGCUUGGUGUGGUGGCGAUGGUUUAUACAAGUGUGGUUACCAUUGCUCAGUGGGUGCAGAGCUAG